AUGAUUGACAAAGUUCCAGUAGUUACUGGUGCCAAUAAGGGAAUAGGUUAUGGCAUAGUAAAUCAGUUAUGUAAACGUGGUGUUAAAGUUGUGUACCUCACGGCACGUGAUGUAACAAAAGGCACAGAAUCUGUAAAAGCCCUAGAAGCUGAAGGAUACCAACCCCUAUUUCACCAACUUGAUGUAACCAACGGAGAAAGUGUUAAGAAGUUCGCAGAUUUUAUAAAAAGUCGUCAUAGUGGUAUUGAUAUUCUUAUUAACAACGCUGGAAUUGCAACUAAAGAUAUUACGGGAGUAUCAUACGAGGAUGCGAUUGAAGUCAUAAAUACGAACUUCAAUAGUCUACUCACAAUAGAGAUAUAUCGAUUAAUUCGUUGCACCCAGGCUUCGUAA